AAAUCGCUGGAUAACAUUUGCUUUUUGGGGGGCUUUCUUCACCUAUGGCAUCAUGCCUUCAUCGGACCUAAUUGAGCGCAGUGACUGGGAAUGAUGUGAUUUACGGCUGACAGAUUUCUCGCAGUAGCCUAGUCAAAUCCCCCCCUUAUUCCACGCCCUUUCAUUAAAGCUUUGAUUUGGACCAUGUCCCCUCCAGCAUCAGCAGCGACGACUACCGAAAACAGCACCACCACCGUGUUUGAGGACGACACCAGGGAAGAGCAAAAGCCACUCAAACAGUCGUUGAGCAAAUCCUUGUGCAGAGAGAGUUUUUGGAAAUGCCUGAUCCUGUCCAUCCUCAUGUAUGGUUGCAUGGGAGCCAUGGUGUGGUGUCAUGUGACCAAGGUGACCCGGCUCACCUUUGACAGUGCGUUCAAGGGAAAAUCUAUGAUGUACCAUGACAGUCCUUGCUCCGAUGGUUACAUUUAUAUCCCUCUGGCUCUACUGGGCAUGCUCUACCUGGUGUACCUGGUGGAGUGCUGGCACUGCCAUGUGAAAAACGAACUACAGCACAAAGUGGAUGUGGAGGGCAUCUAUGAACGCAUCCAGAGAAUGCAGCAGGCCAAACCAUGUAUUUGGUGGAAGGCCAUAAGCUAUCACUAUGUCCGACGGACUCGUCAAGUCACACGCUAUCGCAACGGAGAUGCAUACACCAGCACUCAGGUGUACCAUGAACGUGUGAACACACACGUAGCAGAGGCUGAGUUUGACUACAGUCACUGCGGUGUUAAAGAUGUUUCAAAACAGCUGGUGGGCCUAGAGAAGUCUGCUCUGACGAAGAUGCGUUUUACGAAGUGUUUUAGCUUUGCUAAUGUAGAAUCAGAGAAUUCAUACCUUACACAAAGAGCAAGGUUUUUCACAGACAAUGAAGGGCUGGAUGACUACAUGGAGGCACGGGAGGGCAUGCACCUCAAGAACAUUGACCUGAAGGAAUAUGUGCUAGUGCUGUCAGACCCAGAGCACCACCCCUGGUAUCUAUCACAGUAUGUCUUCUGGUUUGCUUCAUUUCUCACAUUCUCCUGGCCCCUCAGAGUCUUCACUGAAUACCGCACUGCCUAUGUGCACUAUCGAGUGGAGAAGCUCUUCGGUCAUGACUAUGUUCCUGUGACCCCCUGUGAUGAGCGACCAUACUGGCGCCGCAUCCCUCGAGUUAAUACCAUAGAUAGCACUGAGCUGGAGUGGCACAUUCGGUCCAACCAGCAGCUGGUGCCCAGUUACUCUGAGGCCGGCCUCAUGGACCUGGCCACUUGCCCCUCCAGCUUCAGUGGAAUUCGUCAGAACUGUGAGCGCUGCCACAGAGCCAUCAGCUGCUCCUCAGUGUUCUCCAGGAGCGCCCUCAGUAUCUGCACCGGGGCCAGCUCCAGGAUCCCCUUCAGUGGCAGCCGCUUCUCUCUGGCCCGUCGCUAUGGCUCCCAGCGCAGCUGCUUGUGGAGGAGCGGCAGUCUGGACGACCCGGAGAGCCCUAGUGAGAACACGCGCUGCCUGUCUGAGCGCCACGCCACAGAUGAUGAAGAACCGCCAGAAUAUGAGGAUGCACUGUGUUAUCCUGUUCUCAUUGUACACUGCAGUGAGAACUGCCACAGCCACAGGUCCUUCCAUAGAAACGGCUCCUGUGUAGAGACCUCUCUAUGAUUAUGCACUAAACAUGUAGGCACAUACAAAUACAAAGUGUGUAAAUCCAAAAGUGAUUAUUGCAAUCUGAAUGUUUCAAUUACCAAAGCAAUAAAGACCUGUGCAGAGUGUCUCCAUGGCUUCCACUGAAAAAACAUCAGACAAAGUGACUGUUAGUGAACUGCCACUGCAAUUACCUCAUAGUUCUAUUGGGGCCACAGACAUAUAAAGUGAAUUUGCAGUAAAGUGAUUAUUUGAAAUCAAUUAAGGUAGCUAGAAUCAAGACUGUUAAGGCUGGCAAUAGCAAUAGCAUCAAACAAUCUGAUCUGAUUUCCAGGCCACUUGUGAUAAAAUGUAAUUUUCUAUUUUACACGUUCAUUUUCAGAGACUGUUUGAUUCAGGUGUUAUCAAGCCUUCUUUUGGUACACAUUGACAUUUUUUUUUAACUAGGCUAUUUACAAAGAAUACCUCUUUCUGUUAAAACUUCUUCUUCAUAAGGUUGUGUUGCAAAUAGGAUAUAGUAUGCUAACACCAAUGUUUACAGUUUUAUUAAAAUAUGGCCUGACUAUGUGCCAUUAUAUAAAAAACCCUUUCAUGUUAAUGUUUGACUAUAACUUUUUUUUUUUUUACUCUGAUUUUACUUUUUGAUCAGAAAUUAUGCUUACAUUAAAUAUCCAAUAUUUGGAUGUUAUUGUUGAAAUUAUUACUACGUGCAUACCCAAGGUUAUACGUGUUUAGCAGCAGAAAUAUGAUGAAUCUUCGCAUGUGGUAUAAUCUGAAACAAUUCUGCAAUCAUAUCAUAAUGUAAAGUUAUGUCUGUUGGUAAAAAACUGAAACGUUGGUUUUGGGGUAAUCCAUUCUCUGUGUGCUCAGACCAUAGGACACAUGAAAUUAGCACUGGCUGUUUAGAUACACAGGUUGAUUACAGAAAUGUAUGGAUACACAGUAUAUGCAAGGAUGUUUAUGCACUUAUGUUUACAUGUUGCCAUGAUAUUGUUUUGUUUUGUUUUUCUACAAAAAAACACAAUAAUCAAGUUAGCUUGUUGUUAUCAUUGUGUUCAUGAGUGCCACCUAUUAUACACUUGAAAGUUAAUAGACAUUAUAAAUUGUAGAAAAAUGUGAAUGUUAAUGUAGCUUAUAUUAGUUAUGUAAAGGAAUGCAUAUGCAGUGAUAUGUAUUUCUACUUACAAAUGCUC